CCGCGACUUCCGUGCUGGCACCAAAGAAAAGCGGAGGCACGAGUCGCACUAGUGCGCAUGCGCCCAGCGUUCCCUGGGUCAGCCGCUCUAGGCAGCGGGAAGGUCGCGCGGGGUUGCGACUCUAAGCAUGAGAGCGGCCUCUCCUCUAUGGUCGCUUGAGUAGCGUACUGUCCGCCCGUCGGCCUAGAUUGCUUCCGGAAGCUAAACCAGUUGCUUUUCCUCUGCUUCCGCGGGGGUCCUGGCGGGUACGGACUGCACGUGCCAGUGAAGUUUUGUUUGUUCUUGUCACUGCUAUUUUGUUAACAGCCGGAAGUAUCCUGAUCCAAGUGCUCGACUUUAUUAUGUAUUACAGCAGUGUCCUGAGUAUGAAAGGUUCUAUGUGUGUGAAUCCCAGAAUUUGCUGAGAGAUGGAGGAGCCUCAGAAAAAUGACCUGAACAUUACCAGGCAGGAGGAAGAUAAUCCUGUCAGAAGCACCAGCCCUCAGAUUUCUGUUAGUGAAUUUUCCUGCCACUGCUGUUAUGACAUCCUGGUUAACCCCACUACCUUGAACUGUGGCCACAGCUUCUGCCGGCACUGCCUAGCAUUAUGGUGGAUAUCUUCAAAGAAGACAGAGUGUCCAGAAUGCAGAGAAAAAUGGGAAGGUUUCCCCAAAGUCAACAUUCUCCUCAGGGAUGCCAUUGAAAAGUUAUUUCCUGAUGCCAUUAGAAUUCGAGUUGAAGACGUUCAGCAGAAUAAUGACAUAGUGCAAAGUCUUGCAGCCUUUCAAAAAUAUGGGAAUGACCAGAGUCCCUUAGCUCCCAGCACAGGGCGAAUGAAUCAGCAGAGAGGAGGGGGAUUCUUCUCCGGUGUACUCACAACUUUAACUGGUGUGGCACCUGUCUCCUUUCAGGUCAUCCUACUUGUGUAUCACUGGCGCAGCAAAGAAUCUGAGCAUGGCCUCCUGGUGCACAAGGCUGUAGCCAAAUGGACAGCAGAAGAAGUUGUCCUCUGGUUAGAACAGCUGGGCCCUUGGGCCUCUCUGUACAAAGACAGAUUCUUAUCUGAAAGAGUAAAUGGAAGGUUGCUUUUGACAUUGACAGAAGAAGAAUUUUCCAGGGCACCGUACACCAUAGAAAACAGUAGCCACAGAAGAGUCAUUCUCAUGGAACUGGAGCGUGUGAGAGCCCUGGGGGUGAAGCCACCGCAGAAUCUUUGGGAGUACAAGGCUGUCAACCCAGGCAGGUCCCUAUUCUUGCUAUAUGCCCUCAAGAGCUCACCAAGACUUGGCUUGCUAUACCUGUACUUAUUUGACUACACAGACUCCUUCCUACCCUUCAUCCAUACCAUCUGCCCUCUGCAGGAAGACAGCUCUGGGGAGGACAUCCUCACCAAGAUUCUGGACCUGAGGGAGCCCACAUGGAGGCAGUGGAGAGAAUUCCUUGUCAAGUACUCCUUUCUCCCAUACCAGUUGAUUGCGGAGUUUGCCUGGGACUGGCUGGAGAUCCACUACUGGACAUCACGCUUCCUUAUUGUCAAUGCCAUGCUGCUGUCUGUUCUGGAGUUGUUCUCCUUUUGGAGGAUCUGGUCAAGAAGUGAGCUGAAGACAGUGCCCCAGAGGAUGUGGAGCCAUUUUUGGAAAGUGUCGACGCAGGGGCUUUUCAUGGCCAUGUUCUGGCCACUUAUUCCUCAGUUUGUCUGCAACUGUUUAUUUUACUGGGCUCUGUACUUCAACCCAAUUAUUAACAUUGAUCUGGUGGUCAAGGAAGUCCGACAGCUGGAAACCCAAGUGUUAUGAUCAUCAGCAAGGCCCCAAAAGAGCCUGUGAGUCUACCUGACAUACAAGCUGUGGCAGUCAAAGAGGCAAGGGACUCAUUUCUACCCCUGGUAAAGCAAGGUGCUGCUUCUGUGUGUCAAGGCUUCAGCCAGACUCCCUUUUCCUCUGUCUCUGGCACCAUGGCAGCUGAGUGCUGCCCAGGUCAGGACUGUGUGGCCAACACCCAGCCACUCUUCUUACAGGGACUUGGGAGAGUCAGACUACUGUGGGUAACAGGAGUGAAUGUCUUGCAUAUAAUUCCAGGUGACAUGACACCCAUGUAGGUUGGGCAUGGUAGGCAGAGGAAUGUGGAUUUUUGAGUUCAAGACCAGAGUAGUCUACAGAGUGAGUUUCAAAACAACCAGGACUACAUAGAGAGACCCUAUCUCCAAAAAACAAAUAAACAAAGAAGGUCAUCAUGGUCAGUAGCCUUAACCUCACUGACUGACAGGCUCCCCAAGCCAGGAUUGUUGGGGCCAGUCCCAUGAGUCAAGUUUAGGAAAACAAGGAUAGGUUUUUAUCAUAGGCAUAGAUAGUUACACAUACAAAAUAAAGAGAAAAACCUAGGAUCCAAUCACAGUUUCUCAUUGAGUAGUUGGUCGGUUUCAGAGUAAACCCGAAGAAAGCGUCAAGCCAAGAGAGAAUGAUGGCUAGCUAGCUUGUUUCCUGUCGUGAUCAUUGGAAAUUCAGUUCUUUCUGUGAGCAGGGGACUGAAAGGAAUUUCCACUAAUCUGAGCUGAGAGCACUGCUUGUGAUAUUGUUUUGAAUAAUUUAAUCUGUACAAUAAAUCUAGUAUGGUCUAUUCAAAGAAACAUUUUGUAAAAUGCUCUCACACUUUAUAAUGAAUAAUCUUUAUUGUCCUGUUCUGAAGUAUAAAAGCAGGUAUAAUUAUGCCAAGUGCUGCCAUCAUAAGUAUGGAGUGAGCUGAAGAUGACCUUUAUUUCCUGCUAGUGUAGACACAGCAGGAAUAGAGUGAGCUCAUCAGCCUUGGCCCUGCUGAAACGAUGGAACAAGCUUGCAUCCAAAGUGUGUGUUUGUGUGUGUGUAUGUAAAUAAGUGUGUGUAAGAAAGAAAGAGAGGAAAGACUUAGUAAUUCAUUAACCCUUUGUAUCUCUGAGUGAAGAUUUCACUUAAACUUUGCAUUUGAAAGUUUGGAAAAUUACUUGAAAUAAAAUAAAAAUUUUGAUACAAGUAAAA